AUGUUUGGAUCCUAUCAAUUGCAAAAUGUUUACAGUAUUAUGGCUUUAUGUGCUAAAUAUUGGAUACUAUUAGUUAUACUUAUAGGUUACCGGUUUAUCGGUAAUACAAGCGGUAAUUUACAAUUGAAUGCCAGCAAAUUGUUUGUAUCGUUAGCAUUGACUCAAUUUUUAAACAAUAUUUUUUUCACGUUUUCUAUUGGAAAAACAUCAUUAAUAAAGCUUAGGUUAGCAAUCGAUCGCUUAAAUAAUUUUCUCAAUUUAAGUAAUAAAUGCAAUUACUUGACCAGUGAUGAUGUGAUUGAUAAUCAGUAUGUGAUUAGUGUAGAAAACGGGUCGUUCACAUGGGAUGAACUCAAAUCUAACACAAAUGAAAUAAUAUUAAAUAAUAUAAAUUUGAAUAUUAGUGACAAACAAUUUGUGGCAAUAGUGGGUAAUGUCGGCGCCGGUAAAAGUUCACUACUUUCUGCAUUGUUAGGGGAUAUGGAACUGUUGUCGGGAAAAGUUAGCAUUAAUGGUAAAGGUAUUAAAAUAGCAUACGUUUCGCAACAGUCGUGGAUACAAAACGCUACCCUUAGAGACAAUAUACUGUUUGGCAAAUCAUUUGAUACCGAAUUUUAUGAACAGGUUAUACAUAGCUGUGCUCUUAGACAGGAUCUGAAACAACUGCCCGCUGGAGACCAGACAGAGAUCGGCGAAAAAGGUAUUAAUCUAAGCGGUGGCCAAAAACAGAGAAUCAGUUUAGCCCGAGCUGUCUAUUCCAAUGCCGAUCUAUAUCUACUGGACGACCCAUUAAGCGCCGUCGACAGUCACGUUAGUAAACAUAUAAUGUGUGAAGUGUUUGAUUCAAAAACUGGUUUAUUGAAGAAUAAAACCAGAAUUUUGGCAACAAAUCAACUCUUUGUGUUACCAAAUGUUGAUAAUAUUGUUGUCGUCAAUAACGGCACUAUCACUGCAAUCGGUUCCUAUGAUUAUCUAAUGAAUGAAAACAAAGAGUUUUCAGAUUUAUUAAACAAAUAUAUUAUAUCCGAUAAAGAAAGCGAUAAAAUAAAUGAUUCAAAUAAUAAUGAUAUAACUAUAAGAAAUGAUAAUCAAAAUAUUACUGAAUUGAUUAAAAUAAAAAAUAGACGACUUAUUGAUGAUGAAUAUAUAGAAAGCGGAAAUGUUACAAAAACGGUAUAUUAA